AUGAGCUGGAACUGCCGGCUUCCUGGACGAAGGCAAUGCCCGGUAGGCUCCAUUCUCGCAGCCGCCCAUGGGCAUGGCGCGAGGCUCUGCCUUCCUAGGGCGGUAGAAACUACACGAUUGACGGCUCCCUUCCUGUUCAUCUUUCGAGCAACGGGAGAAAGCCUGUUCACGUGUGCGCGCUUUGCGCUCUUGGUGUUGGUUCCCACGGAUCGUCCACGUGUCGCUGGUGGGGGAGCCACGGCGGAGAGGGUUGUGGAUGCGGCGGGUCCACCUGUCGUGGGAGCGAGCAGGAGGUUUCUCUGCGAUGACAACUCCACUGUCGCGUCUGACAGUAACGAGCGUGACAGCACGAAGAAUACACCUCCUACUGAUGCGUCCAAGUCCGAGGGCGGCUCGAAUCGAACAUUUUUGUUCACUGGCAACGAUGCGGUUCGAAACAGCAAAGGCGAGGGGGAAAAGCCGGUCCCAACAGACUCUGAAAAAGAAUCGAGCGCGCGAGAUGUCGGCGAGAACAAGCGGGGGAAGGUGGGGAACGAUGUUGAUGCUGGGAAGAAUAAUAAUGGCGGGGGUCAUGACGGCAGUCGGGGUGACGGGCGCGAGGAGCGCAACGAGGAGGAAAGGGGAGAGAAUAACGAGAAGAACGAAGGCGAAGAGAGCGAAAAGAAGGUCACGAGAGGAAAGAGCGACAACGGGAACACACAUGAGAGUAGCCGUGAACGCAAGGAGGCCGGCGAAGUCGGGAACGCAGAAAAGUGGGGAGGGAAUGGGGACGAGGGAAAAACCAGGGAAGGUUCUGACAUCGGCAAUUCAUCCAGGGUGAGCGAAGGACACACGAAGUGUAACGACUCCAGUGGUAACACUACUGAGGAGUCGUCGUCGACCCACGGCAGCAGUGGAAGCGAAAAUGAUGUUUCACUCGCGGAUCGGCUGGGCGACUGGAGUGGCGGGGCUGGCGGCAAUGAGAAACUGCCGUCAUCGCUCGCUGCGCUAUUAGCUGACGCGCUAAUACGACUGACCGCGACUGCGCGAAUCCGAAUCGACGGCCAAGGUCUGGACCUCGGACGCCGGGCCGGGCAGCAAGGUUCGUCACCCAACCCUAUUUCUACGUCUGGGCACAGCCCAGCUCGGAGCACGGACCAAGUUCUCGCGAAUCCCCUGAUGGCGGUGAAUCUGUUCGUGUUCAACGAGCCGAUCGAGAUCUCAGCCGUCCAUUCGUUCGAAAACAAGGGCAGCGUGUCGCUGCAGACGCAGCUCGCGCUGACGACGGCUCUGGCGCGAGACAACGCCACGGUGACGCAGGACCACCCGCAAAACCAGGAGAGCGGAUUAGGGAGAUCGCAGGAUCAACAAGGAUCUAACACGGAACUAGGCGGCACGUCUGGCGCCACCUACGGCAUCAAGUUCGGGAUCUCGGGGCGGUGUGACAAAUUCCUCAGCUCCAUAAAAGCUCCAGCGGGAUCUGCGGGAGCUCGUUCAGAACCUUCUAAUGGCCUCCUCCCGUCAACCGCGCUGGGUGGACUGCGAGGAGACGCCGACAACUCACAAGGACCUCUUAAAGACGUCCUUAAAGACGUCGGCCACGAGCUGUUUGGCACUAGUAGUAUGAUCGGCCAGGAAGGACUUGUUGAGGCAGUGGAUCAAGAAGAAAUCCUUCACAGUGCAAGCGCUGCAGCGCAGGCUGCUGCGACUGGGAAUGCACAGGGUGCUGCAACACUUGGAGCAGCACCUAUUGAUGCAGCGAGCAGAGCAGCACCUGUUGAUGCAGAAGCAGCAAGCAGCGCGACACAGGGCGCUGCAAGGAAACCUACCGCGGAGUUGGAUAAGGCUCGUCUUCUAGAAGCUUCUGUUCCGGUUCCAGAAUCUGCUGAUACGGAGUCCCGCGCGGAUCCGCCUGCUGCUUCCAGGACCGUUAAUUCCGAAUCCAACGGUUUGGAGCGUCGGGAGCUUGCUGAGGCCCACGAGCUCCUGGGCGACCCGCCUGAGGUCCACGCUGGCAGCAGCCAGGUCCACGUCAGCAGCAGCCCGGUCCACGUCAGCAGGGGCAAGCAGCGAAAGGUGGCGGUGGUGGCAGUGGUGGAUGAGGAGACGCGGAGGGGCAUGGAGGCAUGGAUGCAAGACGAGGUGAAACGCGCCGUGAGCCGUGGAUUGAAGCAGCUCCGGCAGAAGCUUUUAGAAGAUGUGGACAAGCGAGUGCGCAAGCAGCAAGGGAGCCAUUGUGGAGGAAAGAAGAGAAGCGGCUCACGAGGGAAAGGGGGCAGCGGCUCACACAAGCCGUUCCCCAGCAGCAUCAACAUACGGUCGUACGUGUUUCAAGGCCCGGUGGAAAUUUCCGGAAUUCGCGAGCUGAACAACAGCGGGACGAUCACCAGGCAGACCCAGAUUGCAAUCACCAAAGCAACGGCUAAGGACAACGGUACAGUGAGUCAGAACGAGCCGCAGUCACAGAGGAGUGCACAUGGUGGUGCUGGUAUGGAGGGUGGCAGUAUGGAGAGCGGCAGUGGGGGCGGUAGCCAAUCAGAGGAGAGGAUGACUGGCGGGAAGCAUGGUGAUGAGAAGAGCCAUUACCAGGGUGAGUAUGGUGAGGGGGGUGGUGGAGGGGAGAAGCAUGGGAAGAUUGGGGAGGUGAAGGAGAUUGUGGGAGAGGUUAAGGAACAUGGGUUUGUUGGUGGUGUGGGGGCUAUUGCUGAUGAUGUGAGUGGCUGUGGAAGCGGUAACUGUACAGUGCCUUGUGCUGGUGACUGUGGUGGAGGCAGGGGAGGUGGUAACCGUUACAAUAAUGUCAGCAUCGAUAACAACGGCAACAUGUAUAUCAAUGAAAGCACCUAUAAUAAUGGCAACAGCUACAGUAAUGUCAGCAUAGAUAAUAGCCGCAACAGGUAUAUCAAUGGCAGCAUCAACAACAGCGGCAACAGCUACACUAAUGUUACUAUCUCUGGUAACAACAGCUACAGGAAUGCCAGCAUAAACAGUGACAGCAACAACAAUGGCAGUGGUUACAACACCGGUGGUAGCUACUCUGGGGACAAUGCUGGGAGAACUAUUGCGGUAGGCGCCGGAAUGGGGGGUUGA